AAAAUACAAUAUAAACAACAAUAAUAAUAGAAAUAUUAAUAAUAUAAUAAAGAAGAUAAAUAAAAACAAAUCUGAGCUUAUCAAGCGGUUGCGGAGCAAGUGCGUCGAGAUUUAUAUACAAAUCCUAUGGCCGAUAUGUGCAAAUGUGUGUGUGCGGUUUAUGGUAUCGAAAAGCAAAAUGUAGUCUAAAUAAAAAGUAUUGUUCGAUUUUUUUUUUUACUUUGCCGAAACAAAAACAUUUACAUACAUACUUCAAGUGAAAACAAUUCUACGAACAACUGAAAUCUGCAAGAGAUCAACGAAAAUAUUUGCCAUAUACAUACAUAUUUACACAUACACUUAAACAUCAAUCAACAACUAAAAUCCAGCAAAAAAUGCAAUCACACACAUCAUUACGUCGGCGUCUGCGAUGCGCUACCAUCACUACCAGCCAUUACUCCUGCUCCACUCGGCUGAAUCCGCUCAACGCCAUCCAUCAGAUGUGUUGUUCAGUAUUGCUGACGCCAUUUCUUGUGCUGCUCCUGCUGUGCCAGCUGAAUGUUGAUAUAGAACACAGACUGUUGAAAGGGCCUUUGGGUCCACGUAUGCUUGUCGCCGCUAGUCAAUCUGGCAUUUAUAUAGAUAACGGCGUUGAUCAGACGAUAAUGCAUCGUGUCUUGGACGAAGAUGACAAAACGAAUGUAUCCUACGAGAUUUUGGAGUUUUUAGGUUUAUCGGAGAGACCGCGUAGGAAGCAUAGUCAUCUGUCGCUGAGAAAAUCAGCGCCACAAUUUCUGCUCGAUGUUUAUCAUCGACUAACCGAAGAAGAGAACAGCGAAGCGCCUUCGCGUGUCAAACGGGAUCUUGAGGAACAGGAGAAUUUCAUCACAGAUUUGGAUAAGCAGGCAAUCGAUCAAAGUGAUAUUAUAAUGACGUUCUUAAAUAAAAACCACCAUGUCGACGAAGUGCGUCACGAGCAUGGACGGCGUUUAUGGUUUGAUGUGUCCGAUGUACCGAAUGAUAAUUACUUAAUGAUGGCUGAGUUGCGUAUAUAUCAAAAUCCAUCAGAGGGUAAAUGGUUAACCAGUGGUCGGGAAUUUACCAUCACUGUCUAUGCAAUCAUUAAUAUGGAAGGACAACGUGAGCUGGAGACACUUUCUUCGGUGAAUACGACCUCAGAUUAUCAAGGUUGGCUGGAGUUAAAUGUUACACAGGGUUUAGAUAUUUGGUUGCAUGAUCAUAAGAGUAAUAAAGGCCUCUAUAUUGGAGCGCACGCUGUGAAUAAGCCGGAACGUGAGGUGAAAUUAGACGAUAUUGGUUUGGUACAUCCGAAGGGUGAUGAUGAGUAUCAGCCGUUUAUGAUUGGAUUCUUUCGGGGUCCGGAGCUGAUUAAAUCAACGAACCGACAUAGUCGCAAGAAGCGAAACACACCACAUGUGCGUCGCCGUAAGAAGUCCGAGAUGAUUAAUCCCUUUCUGGAAGGUACCGGCGAAAAUAUGCGUAGUUGUCAAAUACAAACGCUUUACAUCGAUUUCAAAGAUUUGGGCUGGAAUGAUUGGAUCAUCGCACCCGAGGGUUAUGGCGCUUUCUACUGCAGCGGCGAAUGUAAUUUCCCACUCAACGCGCACAUGAACGCCACCAAUCAUGCCAUUGUUCAGACUUUGGUGCAUUUGUUAGAACCGAAGAAGGUGCCGAAACCCUGUUGCGCUCCAACGCGUUUGGGUGCUCUACCCGUGCUGUAUCAUUUGAACGAAGAGAAUGUGAAUUUGAAGAAAUACAAAAAUAUGAUUGUGAAAAGUUGUGGUUGCCAUUAGGUUAAGCACGAGAAUCCCUAUAAAAUAAACAAACAGCCGAGAUUAAUACAAAUAAAGAGAGGAUUUAAACGUUGGCCACUUCGGGUCAUGUGAGUUUGAAUAGAAAAUAUUAAAU